UAUAUCCGCUAAUACCGACAGACAGACAUUUACCAACAUAGCAGCACCAGCUGCCGUCAGCCAACAUAUCAAAGUUCGGUGUUGUGGAGCUCCGUGUUUGUUUGUUUUUUUACUUUAGAUUACCUCUGCUGAAGCCUGAGGACGGAGAAAGCUGAUCAGCAUGGCCACGCAUGACGACACAGAGGGCUCUUUGACUCCUGUGGAUUUUAUCCAGCUGCAACAAUACAUGGAGUACAGCACGUUGAGGGUGAAAGAUGUGAUUAAGGAGUUUCACCCUGGGGGUCGGCUGAGCCAGCACAGCUUUGGAGAGUGCGUCGAUGCUGUGGGCUUCUGUCUCUUUCUCAAGACCUACCUAGAAGUGGAUGACUUCCCUGCAGAUUUCUGCCAACACCUUUUUCAGUAUUUUCAACAGGUAGAGCAGGAUGGGUCCACAAAGGGCCCUCUGCCCAAAGGAGGCGGGGUCUAUCUUCGUGACGUGUCCUGUUACUUCUCAGUGCUGGAGGAAGGACAGCCACGUGAGAAGCUCGAAUUCACGUUCAAACUUUACGAUAAAGACUGCAACGGACUCCUGGACAGCUCUGAGGUGGAUCGUAUAAUCACCCAAAUGAUGCGAGCUGCUGAUUACCUGGGCUGGGACGUGACUGAACUCAGACCAGUGCUCAAAGACAUGAUGACAGCGAUCGAUGUGGAUGACAGCGAGACCGUCACUCUGGAGGAAUGGGUGAAGGGAGGCAUGAACAAUGUGCCUUUGCUUGUUCUGCUUGGGCUGAAGAUGACAGAGAGGGAUGGGCAGCAUAUUUGGAGGAUGAAGCACUUUAACAAGCCGACGUAUUGCAGUGUGUGUCAGAGCAUGCUGCUCGGCCUCGGAAAGCAGGGACUCUGCUGCUCCUGUUGCAAGUACACCGUCCACAGUCAGUGUGCCAACAAGAAUCCCGAACCCUGUGCUCGUACCUUCGUCAAAUCUAAAAAGGACAUUGGCGUAAGGAGCCCAACAACCCCAUGUCUUGAAUUGGUGGCAGCUCACGACUGGAUCAGAGCUGACGGUAACACCACCAAAUGUCAGGUCUGCCACAAGAAGAUCAAAACUUUAGCGGGGAGGUGUUGUGUGUGGUGCCAGGAGAUGCGUCAUGAUGAGUGCGUCCUCUCUGGCUUAUCGACCUGCGAUUGCGGGCCACUGAGAGAUCAUAUACUGCCUCCAUGGGCCAUACACGCCGUCUCAAAGGAGGAGGACACCAGCUUGUUGAAUGUCACUCCUGAUGGCCACAUCUUGCAGAUUGUUCCAAUUCCAGACACCCACCCUCUGCUGGUGUUCGUAAACCCAAAAAGUGGAGGAAAGCAGGGUGAACGAGUGCUCAGGAAGUUUCAGUACCUGCUGAACCCUCGUCAAGUGUACAACCUGUCCAACGGAGGUCCUGCACCGGGACUGCACUUCUUCCGCAAUCUGCACGAGUACAGGAUCUUGGCAUGUGGAGGAGACGGCACUGUCGGGUGGCUCCUGGACGCUAUAGACAAAGAAGGCCUCCCAGUGCGUCCUCCUGUAGCUGUCCUGCCUCUGGGCACUGGGAAUGACCUGGCUCGCUGUCUACGCUGGGGAGGAGGCUACGAGGGGUCAGACUUGAGAGAGAUUCUGAAGGAGAUCGAAGCCAGCGAGUUGAUUCCCAUGGACCGCUGGAGCAUCCAGGUGAUACCAGACGACCCCCAAGAGGUUGGAGACCCUGUGCCCUACGAGAUCAUCAACAACUACUUCUCUGUGGGAGUGGAUGCCUCUAUUGCUCAUCGCUUCCACUCCAUGAGAGAGAAACACCCCCAGAGGUUCAACAGCAGAAUGAAGAACAAACUUUGGUAUUUUGAAUUUGCCACUUCUGAGACCAUCUCCGCCUCCUGCAAGAAGCUGAUGGAGUGUUUCACGAUCGAGUGUUGUGGCAAAUCGCUGGACCUAAGCGGCAUGUCUUUGGAGGGCAUAGCUGUCCUCAAUAUACCCAGCAUGCACGGAGGCUCCAAUCUCUGGGGCGAGUCCAAGAAGCCUGACGGCGUGCAGGAGGUGGAGCAGAGUGAGGUCAUCACUGACCCUGAACUUCUCAAAACGAUCUCUCAAGACAUGAGUGAUAAGCGUUUGGAGGUGGUGGGGCUGGAAGGAGUCAUAGAGAUGGGACAAAUCUACACUGGACUGAAGAGCGCCGGGCGCAGACUGGCACAAACUUCCCAAAUUACCAUCAGGACAAGCAAAGCUCUGCCCAUGCAAAUCGAUGGGGAGCCCUGGAUGCAGCCUCCGUGCACUAUCCACAUAACUCACAAGAAUCAAGCUAACAUGCUGGCCGCUCCGCCAACAAAACCAUCCGGCUUUUUUCACCUCAAGUAGAUUCACAGUUCCACCCAGGGGUCACAGCAGACCACCGCAUUACUGUGAAAAUGAUGCAGGAUGAGUAUUUAAAAGAGAAAGUCCAUCGCUGAGUGUGUGUAACUGUGUGUUUUUAUUAUUAUUUAGUAUUAUUGUGUAUGUCUUUUGCACUCAAUCCCUGGCAUAAGACACAAAAAUGCAAAUUUCACUACUCGAGUAGUAGAUUCUAGUCCGAUCGUUGCUAUUGUGUGCCAACUUCAAUGUACUGCGUCCAUUUUACGUUUUUGUAAAUAAAAGAGCAGAGCAUGGUCUAUCCACAGUGUACGAUAAGGAAUAUAUUAUAUUAUGUUGUGAUAGCUUUUAUGUUGCCAUCGUGUCUUGUCUUGAGUUUCACGUGUACUUCCAAAUGCAGCUGGUGAUGAACUGGCUUUGUUCAGCCUUCAGAAGCUCGCAGCAGCUCACCUCGUUGAACAGCGCUUUCCUACCUGUCUCUUCUUGUGUCUUUCAUUGUCAGUGUUUAUCCAGCUCAAAGAAACAUGUAUUUAUAUUUAUUCCCGUGUUUAUUUUUUACAUAAAUAAUGCAAGAAACACUUGAUUGAAUGUGACUGAAUGUGGUUUUAUAAAGAUUUGCUUGACAGCCUGAGAGCAUUGGGCGGAAAGGCUCUGCCAAAUUCAGUUUAACUAAGUUAAAAUUUAAUUUAGUAUAAAAACAGCAUCCGAUUGUAUUAAAUACAUUAAGACAUACUGGAUAAGAGUAAUGUUGUCGUCCUGUAAGUCCUCUUGAUUAGGCUUCUUAAAAGCAGUCACAAAACACACAAAAACCUGGUGUAAUAUAAUGAAAUCGUGCAAAAUGUAAUAAACAUUUUGUGACUGGGAAAAUGUUGGGAAACGUAUGCUACAGUUAAGAUUUUGUUUCAGUGAUGUGCAUGUCUCGAACUUUCAGAAGUCAGUUUUGUGUUGGAUUUUCAGUGUAUUCAUGUGCAUGUAUCACGCUCGUAUGUUCAUUUAUUACCGUGUCUUAUUGUCAAAUUGUCAAAUUGUGCUGUUGUCCCUUGGAUGUGUGUCUUGGCAGUAAUGUAUACUCAUGUUGACAACAUUUAUUGUCCUCAGACUGACGACCUGGUGAAUGGGCAGAUAAAGGAAAUAAUCACAAUCUGUUGUUCCACUGCAAGUCUUUUGAUUUAAGAUUUCUCUUUUCAUCAGAUCUUUUUGUUUUUGUGGGGAUCUUACUGUAUUUUGCAGCUGAAAAUGAAGCUC